AUGCUUCAAGGCAGCAGCAUUUCCAACCAGAAGACCUUAUAUGAAGUCCUAUCUGUGCCUGAAGAUGCUACAUAUGACGAAAUACGUACAGCAUACAAGUGUGCUGCUUUAAAUACACAUCCUGACAAAGCACAGCCGACUCUUGAGCCAUUUGUGCCUACCGGCGAGCAACAUGAUUUUUUCGGUGUGCAAAAGGCAUGGGAAACCCUACGCUACCCUAAAUGUCGGGCAGAGUAUGAUAAACAGCUGCAAUCAUCCAGACAGAGCCUUGAUGUCAUCGCAACCGAUAUCGAAAUCGAGGAUAUGAUUGUUGAGAGCUCUGAUGAUGGUGUGGAGCUAUUGUACGCCUGUAGAUGCGGCGAUUAUUUUUCGAUCACAUCUUGCGAGCUUGGUGAAAUGGGAAUUUUGGUGAGUGAAGAUGGGGAAAUAGAAGCGCAGGCACCUGAUUCUUUACCAACAUCUAUUGUUCUGGGAUGUGGCUCGUGUUCUCUUAAAACACGGCUGGUUAUAAAUAAAACUUGA